AUGAAUGUCAUUGGACCCAGAGGCAGUAUUUCUCUCUUGAAUCUUCCAGAACCCAUUUUGGAACGCAUUCUAAAGCUUCUUUCACCACAAGAACUGGUUGGAAUGUCUGAAGUGUGUACUUGUUUAAGGGAUAAUUGUCGAAGUGAUUCUUUGUGGGAAGUCCACAUAAAGCAGAAAUGGGGUGGAGUCAUUGGUGAUGUCGCUUUCAAGGAGUGGCAAUGGCAUAUCACAGCAGUUAAGGAGAAAGAACUUAACCAAUUGAAUAAAGAAAUCAAUCAGAAGGGAUCAUUGGGACCUUUCAAUGGUACUUGGCCAAUGUUAUAUCUCAGAUCAUAUCUAGAAGAUUGUAGCCAUCUUAAUAGCUCAUUGUCAAAUAGCUUGAUGGCCUUGUAUUUCUCUCUAGAGAAUGGCAAGUUCUGGUUCCCAGCUCAAGUCUUUAUGGGAGUCUUUGUUCGUGAUGCCUUACUUAGAUAUGAUUCCAAAACUGAUAACUUUCAAGCAAGACUACAAUCUGGUGGUUGGCACAUAAUGGCCAACAACGUCCAAUGGGAUAAAGUGAGAGCUCCUCCAAUUGAUACGCUUCCAUAUGUCAGAUACGUCUCUGAUUGUUUGUCAGAGCUGAAACCAGGUGAUCAUAUUGAGAUCCAACGGAGAUACAGAAGAGAAACUUCUUAUGAUUGGUGCUAUGCUGUUAUUGGUCACAUAGAAUCCUGUAAUGAAAAUGAGAACUUGUGCAACUGUCGCCAUUCGGAUACAUUGAUGUUGGAGUUCAAGCAAUACUCUGAAGGAUCAAGAAUGAGACGAGUAAAGCUACAGAGAAAUGGGGAAGAAUAUGAAGAACCUAGUGGAUGCUAUGGAGGAAUUAGAAAGCUUCGGAGCGAGGAGGAGAUCCAAAGAUGGGAGAAACAUGUCCCACUUCGUCGAACUACUGUUUCUAUACCUUUGCAAGUUGGCUUUUAUAAUAACGUCUUGGAUUAA